GUUCGUCAUCAAUAUACGGAUCUAUACAGAUAAAAUGACUAUUUCAGCUUUGGAUAGUGAUACAGUGAAACUUAUAACGACCACACAAGUUAUAACUUCAGUAUCGAACGCCGCCAAGGAAUUGAUAGAGAAUGCAUUAGACGCCAAUGCCAACAAUAUUGAAGUUAAUUUGAGUGAUAACGGAGCUGCUCUAAUAGAAGUUAAGGAUGAUGGCUGUGGUAUUACCAAAACAGAUGCACCUUACGUUGCUUUAUCUGCUUACACCUCAAAAAUUUCUAACUUUUCCGAUAUGAAUUCAUUAGAAACUUAUGGAUUCAGAGGUCAAGCAUUGUAUGCAUUAAGCACAAUGUCUGACCUUACUAUCAUAUCUAAAACAAAACAAGAAGAAGUUGCUACAAUGUACACCAUUGAUCAUUGUGGAUGUAUUGCAAAAUCUGAACCUCAUCACAGAGCUACAGGAACAACUAUACAAGUUAGGCAGUUAUUUAAACAAAUUCCUGUACGAAGACAAAUUAUAACUAAUUUAAAGAAAGCAAAUCAAGAUGUUAAAGUAUUAGAAUCAUUCGUCAAGAGCUAUGCAAUGUGUAAAUCUUUUGUACGAAUAAGUUAUAAAGUUGACGGCAAUGUCAUAUUUACAAAACCUAGCAUACCGACCUUGGAAGAAGCAGUAACAUAUGUUUUAGGUAAAAAGGUGACAACAAAUAUGACUUGGAUGGACAUUCAAAAUGCAGAGACUAGUAUGAAGUUAAUGCUGCCUCUUAAAGGAACUCAGAAUGUGUCCGAUCUAUUUCAAUCUGGAGCACAAUACAUUUAUGUAAAUAAUAGACCCAUUAAACAUAAAGAUUUAGAAAAGGUAGUAACUAGAACAAUAUUGGAUGCAUUUCAACACGAUUCAUCAUCCAGAAAGAAACCAAUAUUUCUACUUUACAUAUUAACAAGUGCUGCAAAUAUCGACGUUAAUCUAGAACCAAAUAAAACUUCCAUUCUCUUCAAAGAACAGCAAAUAGUUUUUGAUACAGUCGAUAAAUGUGUGAAGGACUUUUAUGGAAUACAAAAAGAAGUAAAAGAAGAAGAUACUUGCGAUGAGUCGUUAAACGAUUACCACGACUAUACGCUCAAAAGAGACGCUAGUGUUGAAGAGAGUGAAUGGCCUGCUUGUAAAAAACGACAUAUAUUGUUAGAAGAAAGCAGUGACAAAGUGACUGAGGAGUAUGUUGAUGAAUCGGGUAAAUGUGAUAACAACGCAGAUAAAAAUUUCUAUUCGGCCGUGAAUACGAAUGCUGAAUGUAAUAAGAAUACAGAAACUGUUAAGAAUGGACAAAGUAAUCAAGAUAAGAAUAAUGGUGGAUACGAGAAAAAUUUGAAUGAUUUUAAUGUUCAGAUACCUAUUUUACAUUUAAGUGAGUCUGAUUCAAACGAUUCCCAAAAGUUCACGUCAGUACGCAACAAUAACGAUACGUCUUGCACUCGGAUGAAAAAUACUGACGAUAGCCCCCCAUUAGAAUUAGAUUCACAAACUGAAACGGUGAGUCAAUUACCUACUGUAGAUUUGGGUGAUGAUUUUGAAUGGGUCGAUUCUCCAAGGAUAGAUAAUACAAAUAAAAGCGAAAAAGAAAACAUGACACAUAACAGAAAUACACCAGUUUCACGAGAGCAGAAAAAAACGAAAGCAGAAAAGUGUACUACACUAAUGGAAUGGAGCAAAGGACAGGUGCCUGGUUUAAAGGGAGGUACAGAUGUACGACCUUGUAUCAAUAUAAAUUUAGAGGAACCACUGGAGAGUGACUCGUAUCAUACAAACGUAUGCGACGGCUUCAUUAACUUUUCAAAACAAAACAGAUCACAAGUUGUAAAACAGAAUCCUAAUAUGACAGCACCUCAAAUCGCACAGAUAUUAACUAAUCUUUGGAAAAAUUUAUCAUCCGAGGAACGUGGUUACUAUAGAGAUCUUGCGUGUGACGAUAAAAUAGAGUGGGAUACGAGACAGGAGAAAACAAAAGAGAAAAGUACAACAAACGAUAAAAAAAUGAGGAAUAGAUUACUUAAAGUACUGGGAAAGAUGCAGACAUUGGAUACUGAAAAACAGAAGAACUUAUUUUUAAGAACUAUUGUUCCAUGGAAAAUGAACUUGGAAAAAGUAACUGAAAGUUUCCUCAAUAAUUCCGCAUGUAAAAAUAAUAGUCCAUCUAUUGGAAAAAUAAGUUCUGAUUUGUGGAUCGUUCACAAAUCUGCCCAACUUUGGCUUUUAAAUGCUUCGUGUCUUAAAGAGGAAUUUAAUACAUCUAGUACCAAUGCAAACGUGGAAGGUACAUCUAAUGAGGAAGAACAUUUGAAAUUGUGGCUUUUAAAGAACGAUGAUUCGUCGUUGUUACAUCGUCUGUAUUCAUUACACCAAACUACAGGACUUUAA